AUGACAGACCCUCCUCGAGCUUAUCGAGCAGGUUUAGGUCUUCCUCAGGCAGUGAUCAUCAGAUCAUCUCCUGGACCCCUUCCCACUCCAUCGCAUUAUCAUUCAUCCCUAAUCGAAGACCAAUCAACAAAUGAGACAGAGGAAGAGACUAUUCGCAAUGCAUAUAGAGGAGUCAUACCAAAAGAGACUAUAUGGAAAGAAUGGAAUGUAAAUCCUACAUCCCACGGUCCAGCCAAAUUGGUCCUUCCACCUAAAUUCGUCAUUUCCUCUACGCAGUAUGAUGAAUUGGGAAGGUCGUCAAAUGAUGGAGUAGAUGUAUUGGUGGAUAAAGGAAAAACUCGGGAGGAAGGAGAGAAGAAAGAGAGUGGGAGGGAUGUAGCGGAUUGGUACAUGAGUUUAGCGAAAAGUAGAAGUGGAAGUGGGACACCUGCAAAUGUAUCAUCUACCAAUACUGAUACGAAUACGAAUAUGGCUCAGGAAGUCAAAACUAUCAUACAGGAUUCCACCACCCAAUCGGUUGCUUCGUCAUCCACUUCCAUUCCAACCACUGCCUCUUCUUCAUCGUCAACAUUACCAAGCUCAAACACUCAGAAACCCCUCCGAGUCCAUUCAAGAGAUUGGUUCAUCCGUCGAGCCCUACUUCAUUCCUCAUCGUCCACCCCUGUACCACCAUCGCGUACCACUUCGAUAGGUAAUUUGUUGAAAAUGAACCCAUCGGCGCCGGUUAAAAGACAGUACGAACCUCAGUAUGUGCUUGGACCGGAGAAUAAGGGGUAUGAGAUAUUGAAAGAUCGUUUGGGAUGGCAUGGAGGUGGGUUGGGUAAACCUGAUGGGUGGGAAGCCAGUCAGAGCCAGCCUGAGGAGUCAGGCUCAUCUGCAUCUGGGUCUUCAACUGUAGUGGAUGAGAAGGGAAAGGUUAAAGAAGUACUAGAGAUAGAUGAUAAUGGUCAACCUAUAAUCGAUCUUACUUUAGACUCUGAUGAAGAUUUUGAUGGUUCCGAAGAAGAAAAGAAAUAUGGACCGGGUCGAACGGCACCUAUACCCACAAUGUUGAAAUUGGAUCGUAAAGGAUUGGGACACACGCAUAAUUCGAGAAAUAAGAACAUCGCUUCGUUAGCCAAGAAAGUAACUCAUAGUCACAAAGAGAUUGAAGAUGCCCGGAGGAGAUCACAGUAUGGUAGAGGGAAAGGGCAUGGACGAGGUUUGGAGUUGGGGAAGAAAGGGAAAGUGAAGUGGAAAGAAAGAGAUAAGAAGGAUAGAGAUGAGAGGAGGGCCAUCAAAGCUGCUUUAGGUUGA